AUGGGCCUCGACGUCGCGGAAAUCUCCGAAUUGGCGGCGCUCCGGCCGAUCCAGACGGUCGUUAGUGGCGCCCGGGCUACCGCUGUGCCGGAGGCGGACGAUGGCACUGCCGCUGCCGACACCGGCUGCGUCACACCCAAGGCGAACGGCGCCCGAUCGGCCACAUCAGGGGGAGCGGACGACGACGACGCAGCCGCCGACACCGGCUGCGUCACACCCAAGGCAAGCGGCUCCAUGGCCAUGCUACCCAUUGCGCCACUGCAGCAAGACGACAGCGUCAACAUCGGCUUCACCACGCCGCAGGCCACGGGUGGAGUAAUAAGGCCGCUAGACGGCUGCAGAGCGGGGGCCACUGCCGGCGACGAGGGCAGCUUCACCACGCCAACGACGGCCGACAGCGCGCUGGUGCCGGCCACGGUGUGCCCGCCCGCUCCGCGGAAGUCGGCGCCGGCGCCGACGAGGAAGCGCGCGCCGCUACAGCAGCGGCUCUUCUUCUACCCUGUGCCGAGCGACCUGACCACCGUCUUCGUCGCCGUGCCGCAGUGCUCGCCGCCUGCCAAGAAGAUGCGCGCGCACGUGGUGGAAUCUUCCGUGCCUCUAGGCACAUGA